CUGAACUAGAUAAAUGUCCUAUUCAUAUAGCAGUUGACCGAGGACAUGUUAAAAUGGUCGAUCUCUUUGUACGUCAAUCUAUUUUAUGUACACAAACUCGAGAUCCUGUAACAGGUCGUUUACCUUAUAUGUCAGCAUUAGCUCGUUCAUUAUUAGCAACAGAUAAACAAGAAAAACAACGUUAUCGUGUUAUUUAUUAUUAUUUACAUGAUAAACAAUUUAAUCUUAGAAUACCAUUAAAUUCUACUGGUGAAUAUGUUACAAAUUUACUUGCAUCAACGAUUAGUGCUAAUAUAUUUCAUCAUGUAUCAACUAAUCUUGUAAAUAUUUCAUUACCAUUCUAUUGUAAAAUUAUUAGAUGGUAUGAGCGUGCACGUGAAAAUGCUUGGAAAAAAUAUGGUGGACGAUUUUAUACACCGUCACAAACAAGACGUGUUUAUCCAAAACAAGGUUUACUUGGUUAUAAAGUAUUAAUUGAUGGUUAUAAUAAUACAUUUGAUAUUCCUGAAGGACAACUUCGAACUGUACAUUCGGGUAAAGGUUAUACAUCAAAUGCAAUCGAUAUUUAUACUGGUUUUAGUGAAGACGAACGUAAAAAAAUUAUUGAAACAAAAUUAAAGGUUAAAGAUAUUGCAUUGAAUGAUAGAAAACGUGUUAAACAAAUAGCUACUGCUAAUAAUCAACAAUUACGUCGUCCUCGAUUAUUACUACCAUCAAAACAAAAUAAACAAUCAACAUUAAUUUCAAAUACAACUUAUUCUUCAUCAUCGACAUCAAAUUAUCAAAAACAAUCAAUUUCAAAAAAUGAUAGUUCAUCAAUUAUGGAUUCAAUAUUAAGUAAACAUAAAUCCAAUGAAAAUUUAAAGCUAUCAACAAAAAAAACUCAUAAAAAAUUACCUUCCAUAUCAUCUGUCAUUAUCAAUGAGGAAGGAGAAGAAGAUGGCAACGACGAGAAACAUUCUUUACCCAAUAUCAUCAGUCCAACAAUGAAUCUCUCUUCAAGUUAUCCACUAUUACCCAAUAAAUUACAACCAAUAAUGUCAUCUGCAGAUGCAUAUGCAUUAUCAUCGAAACGUAUGACUUUAGAAGCUGAACAACAUCGAAUAAGUAAACGACAAGAAUUAUUUACACAGAUUAAACAAUCUGUACAGUCUAUACAAAAUCAAACACAAUAUCAUCCGAAGAAAACAACAAAUCUAGCUCCUAUUUCAUUAUCAAUUGAUCGUAAUUCAAUUGAUGUUGAUUCAUAUAUUGCUUUACCUGACCAUCCUAAAGAAAACCGUUUGAGUCCAAUUAAAUCUCGUAUUGAUACUGAUGUUCGUCAAUCUGCUGUGCAACCUUAUGAACGUUAUGCUAGUGCAUCAACACGAUCAACAGCUGUUCGUUGUUUACAAGAAGCUAGUUAUUUUAAAAGAAAAUCAUGGAUUAAACAAGUUGAAAUUAGUAAAGAAAUGGUUAAAAAUCAUGUUAAAAGACGUCUUCGUCGUGCAGAUAAAGACAUUAUAUAUAAUAAACCUACUUUAUUACCUCUUCGUGCUAGUCCGGUAACAAUGUUUACUAAUUAA